AUGGGAGGCGAGUGGGCUCUCAGCAGAGGCCAGCUUAGCCCGCGGGAGCUGCCUCUGAGCAGGGGGCAGGAGGGCAGUGCCGCCCUGUGGCUGCCGGGCUUCGCGGAUCGCGGCUCUCCGCACACGGGUCGCAGGGCCGCGCUGCUGGGUGGCCUGUGUCAACGGGCAGAACCCCAUCGCCCGCCCCUCUCAGACCCGCCUCUGCCCGCCUGCCUGGCCCUGCGCAGCUUGCGGCCCGGGGGCCUCGAAGGUCCCCGUGCACUCAGCCAGCGGCCUCUGCUGUGUCUGCUGCUCCUGCUGGGUCUGCUGCUGUGGCUGGUAACCCGUGCGACCACACCGGGCACCUCCAGCACCCCAAGUCCACGGGAGCGCACACAGGCCCUGAUGCGGGACUUCCCGCUUGUGGACGGCCACAAGGACAUGCCCCUGGUCCUGAGGCAGUUUUACCACAACGGGCUACAGGAUGUUAAUCUGCACAAUUUCAGCCAUGGCCAGACCAGCUUGGACAGGCUGAAAGACGGUCUCGUGGGUGCCCAGUUCUGGUCAGCCUACGUCCUGUGCCAGACCCACGAACGGGAUGCUGUGCGCCUCACCCUGGAGCAAAUUGACCUCAUCCGCCUCCUGUGUGCCUCCUAUUCUGAGCUGGAGCUUGUGACCUCAGUUAAAGCUCUCAACAAUACCCGGAAGUUGGCUUGCCUCACUGGUGUGGAGGGCGGCCACUCACUGGACAGUAGCCUCUCCAUCUUGCACACCUUCUAUGCGCUGGGUGUGUGCUACGUGACACUCACCCACACCUGCAACACGCCCUGGGCACAGAGCUCAGCAAAGGGUAUCCACCCCUUCUACAGCAAUGUCAGUCGGCUGACCGGCUUUGGCGAGAAGGUGGUGGCAGAAAUGAACCGCCUGGGCAUGAUGGUGGACUUAUCCCAUGUCUUGGAUGCUGUGGCACAGCGAGCCCUAGAAGUGUCACAGGCACCUGUCAUCUUCUCCCACUCAGCUGCCCGGGGUGUGUGCAAGAACACUUGGAAUGUUCCUGAUGAUAUCCUGCAGCUUCUGGUGAGACUGCCCUGGCCCUCAAACCUAAAGCAAGAGGUUCAAACCAGGAGCCCUUGA